AUGGAGAGGCCUUCAUUAUUCUCGGGAUUCAGCCAAAAAUAUUUUGAGACAUGUGUCCUUGGACAACAAUGCCCUACUACACUUCAGAUGGCAGAAGUAGUCGGUCUUGUCGCUAGCGUCGUGACCCUCGGCGAGCGUACAACAAAGGUGGUAAAACUAAAGAGCCUUUGGGACAAGGUUCGAAACGUUCCUGAGGACAUCCAGAGUCAACUGGAUGAACUUGAAGCUCUGAAUAUCCUCAUCACCGAGGUUGAAGCUGAAGCCGCAGCUGAACAAGAUGCGUUGCGAGACACGCCAGCCGGGGCCUUGAGUCUGCGAUACUGCAAGAAGGCCGCCAAGGAGCUGGAAGAUGUCAUCUAA